AGAAUAAUUUUGAGCCUAGCGUUUCUGACUCGUGUAAUGAGUUUAGUUACCGACUACAGACUAACGACAUGGAAUUCUCGGGGAUAUAAAUUACAUCAAGUUUUCGAUUCAUUCGCUAGUAAUUCAUCGUUGAAUAUUUUCUUUGUACAAGAAAGUGGAAAUUUGGCCGAUAAACGUUUAAUUUCAAUACAACAAAAUUUACCAUUUUAUUUGAAUGAUGGUAGUAAUUCUUAUCUAUGCGGCGCUUCUGAUUUUGUGAAAGUGUACCAAUAUCAAGAUCAAAGGGUUAAUUUAUAUAUAUAUAACUUUUUCCCGCCUCCAAAUGUUUUAUCAACACUUAGUCUGACAAUUGUAAGUCGAGUACCAGCCGAUAGUAUAAUUUACUUUGCUUCUCUAACGCGGCGACCUGGACGUGCAUGCGAGCGAGAGUUUACAAAUCGCCCCGUUGCCGGAAUAACUAUUGGCAACGAUGUUUUUCUCAAUAUUCAUGCUGAACCUACGGGCAUCAGAAACGAAGUUCCGGAUCAAUUGGAUGCCAUUCGAAACCAUAUGCGCACACAUGCUCCGCUUUCAUCUUGGUUGCUAGCUGGCGAUUUCAACAGAAUGCCGUCAUCUCUACAAUUACAACCAUAUAAUGAACAAUUUGUCGUCCCGCCCCUCAACACCCACGGCAACAAAAUUUUGGACUACCUAAUUUUAGGAUCUAAUGACGUGAGAGUUUUUCAACAAAUGGUUAGAAACCCCUAUAGCGGAAUUGUUGAUCUCACUUUAACAGGUUCCGAUCACAAGGCUGUACAUUUUUCUCUUUGAAUCUCACACAAUGCCACUAUUUUGCCAAUGUUUCAAAUAAUUGUAAAACUGAACACGACUAACACGAUUUUUGAAUAAACUCAUGGUAAAUUCAAA